UACAUACCCGUUACAAUAUUUUAAUCGUUUUGCUGUAGACAAGACUCAAAACAAUUAUGAACUCAAUUUUAGCUCGCAUUUCAUUACACGUAGUUUGGUCCAACUUCGUCACAAUGAGACAAGAUGGAUCAAUGUACUAACAAGGCUACAGGACAUGUUGACCGGAGUUCAAUACCCGACAGGCGAAGAGAUUUUUCUCCUUUCCACAGCAUCAAGGACGGCUCUGGGUCUUACCAAGCCUCAUACACACCAAUGGUUGGCGACCAUGGGCCCAUUUUCCGGGAUUUUAAGAGAGGAACAAGUAACUUCAAACAUUCAUAAUGUCGUCAUGAAUUGGUACUGCAUCAGCCCGGGGACAGUCAAUGUCUUCACGAGGGUGAGAGGCGGGCAGCAGAUGUACCAGGGCGGGGCAGCGAAAGUCUACACAUCUUCCAACUAUUUAAUUUGACCCGCGUGAUUCCGCGAUCACCGUGUUCCUGGUCGGCAGAUAAUUUGCUUGUGUAUAAAAGCCAGCUGGGUCCUACUGACAGCCAGUUCCAACUGGGAUCAACAGACAAGUGAACGUCACAGAUAUGGGUACAAAGGCGCUGAUCGUUGCUCUGCUGGCCCUGGUAGCUGCGUGCUCAUCAGAGGGACAGAAGCAGCACGAGAAGCGUGGGACGUAUGGUGACCAAAGCGGGGCGGGUCUUGCGCCUAUAGGAGUCCCGGGGUCAGGCGACGGGGGCCUGUAUGCUGCCGGAGUCGGCCAAGGUGGUGGCGUCGUUAACACGUUCACAGUGACGAAACAAAUUCCAGUCCCGGUUCCUCAGCCAUACCCAGUCCCUGUCCAAAGGAAUGUCCCCGUUCGCGUCCCUCACCCCGUCCCUGUGCCGGUCCCUCGUCCUUACCUUGUCCGCAUUCCACAUCCAGUCCCUGUGCCCAUAGACAGACCCGUCCCUGUUACAGUGGAGAGGCCAGUCCCUGUCCCCGUCCCUCAUCCAGUGCCUUAUCCUGUGCCUAAACCUGUCGGUGUCCCUGUGCCUAAACCCGUCCCAGUACCAGUUCCACACCCCGUUGUAGUACCAAAACCCGUCCCUGUCUACGUCAACACGCCUUCAGUUGUUUCUGGUUCUCUCGGAGGCUUUGGAAGUGGACACGGAGACGGAAUCUCUGGAGGGCUACCUUACGGAGGCGGGCCUUCAGGAAAUAGUGGAGGCGCCCCCUGGAGUGCAAUCUCAGGAGGCGGGCUUUCAGGAAAUAUUGGAGGCUAUCCCUGGAGUGGAAUCUCAGGAGGGCUACCAUACGGAGGCGGGCCUUCAGGGAAUAUUGGAGGAGCUCCCUGGAGUGGAAACUCAGGAGGCCUUCCGUACGGAGGUGGAGCUUCUGGAGACCUCAGCUAUGGGGGCGGCCCGUCAAAUGCAAUCUCUGGAGCCGGUCCUUCGAACGGGCACGGAAGUUGGGGGAGGAGAUAAACCCCAGCGUCGGGGGUUACUGUAGGUACGCGUGCCCCGGACAAAAUUAUAGCCACAUGUCAAGGAUUACAAGAUUGGAAAACUCUCUUUUAAAAACUGGUGCAUCGAAGCAGCGUUAAAUAAAAAUUGCAUUAAAAAUACAUAUGCAAAUUAUGCUAAUUGAGAGGAGACAUAACGUCCUUAAAUAUGACAAAGUACUUUCUUCACAAGGUGGAAAGUAUUUUUGUGUAAAUAAAUUAUUUUAGGUUUUCCAUAAUAAAAUACACGUCGUAAAAGUCGACCAUCAGAUCUUAAUUUGAUUCCGUUGUAAUCUAGCUUGACCACAAGCAGAUUUUCGCUGAAAAUAAUGACAAUUGGUGAAUUCCAGUUUUGAUAUCUUAGUAUUGCAUUGUUCCACUCUGUACAGCAAGAUUAAGAAACUGUGGUAUGCUGUCCACAGGACACGCUGUAGCAUACUCAGCCAAAAUUCAAUUCAUGGGCAGUACAAUAUUUCUUCUAAUGAAAAAUAAGCCACUGUUGAAAUAUUGUACUUACUACUGAAAAAUCACACCACAUUAUUUCAAAGAGGUAAAGCCAUAAUGAGAACUUUUUGUGUGUAAAUUCGUAGAGUACUAGAGUAUCUGACUUUAUAUUCUUCUUGUUCUGGUCACGGAACUAGGUUAAUAAAUGACCUUGAAAAAUUCUUACGGGAAACAACAGACAGCUCCAGUAGAAAUCCCUACCGUAACCCCUGGGCAAGGCAGAUGAUGAAGCUUCAGGAAUGUGUGGUCAGACAGACUCUCAUCUAAAUACCUGAGGUCUGCAAGUAUGGGAUUCUGUGAAGUGCUAACAACUCUCUAGCCUCAAGUAACUAGCUGUUUCUUGAGGGGAAGACACCACUCGGAAGACCUAAACACAGAUGGAAGGAUAAUAUUAAGAAACAAAUACGUUUUGAAGACGUGGACUACAUUAAUCCAAAUGGCGGGUUUCUAUGAACACUGUAAUGGACCUUCAGAGUCCAUAAAAUAUAUUGAAUAUGUUGACCAGCUGUAUUCUACCCAGCAGGUUAGAUUUUUCAUUCACUGAGA